AUGGUGAAUUCGUUGCCGGAGGAUGCCCUGGCAGAAAUCCUCGUGAAACUGCCCGUCAAGACAUUGUUGAGAUUCUGCUGCGUCUCUAAAACAUGGUUCGCUUUGAUCAACAGCCCUUAUUUUGAAGACAAGCAUCUGAAAUACUUACACAGCAAGAAUCGCAAAGUCGUCCUCGUCAAGCGGUUCAUCAAGAACGAAUUCAAAACCCUGUUAUCAUUCCAUUCUCACGAUGAAGAUGAAUCUCUCCCCAGUGUUGCCCCUAAUAUAGAGCUACCUUCGUGGAAUCGUUACUCAUUCGACAUAUAUGGAGCGUGCAAUGGCAUCGUUUGCUUCUCGGAUCUCUCCGAAAUUCAUCUGUGUAAUCCUGCAACACGCCAAUUCCUGACACUUCCUCCAAGCCUCCGCUUUGAUCCACCAAAAGGGUUCAAAUCGGUCAGUCCACAUGCUUUAGGGUUUGGCUUUGAUCCAUCCACCCAAGAUUACAAGGUAGUCAAGCUAUAUAAACUUUAUCCAAAAUCAAGAAGUAAUUAUUCUUAUUUGGGGAUGGUGAUGGGAGUUCAAAUAUACAAGCUCUGUACAAAUUCUUGGAGAAAGGUUGAUCUUAUCCUUCCACAAGUAGUGAACAUUUAUCCCCCAUGUUUCCCUGCCACAGUCAAUGGAUGCUUUCACUGGGAUGCAUCUGACAUCGACCCUGAGUCGGGGUCGGUCAUGAGAAAUAUCCUUUCUUUCAACAUGUGCACUGAGUCUAAGGAAUUAUAUUCUGUUCACUUGGGGAAGUCCAACGUUUUGUUUUGUUCAAUUAUAUCUAUUGUUUGA